UUUUUUUUUGUUUAUAAAAUAUGGAUUUCCAUCAACGUAAGUUGGAGGAAGUAAAUCAACUUUAUAAAGAACACGAAUUAACAAUAGAAAAACUCCAUGCUGCUGUACGUCGAGAAAUCCCUUUACUUGUUCAAGAAUAUCAACUUGAUUUACCCCACAUUAAAGCAUUAGAAGACUUUGUGAAUGACAAAUUGACAUUAUUUCGAUAUUUACGAAAAAACAACUAUUCAUUACCAGUGGCAUUAUCUUUAUUAUUGGAUACUAUAAGGUGGCGAUUAGAAGAACAAGUGGAUAAGUUGACAAUAUAUCAUGUACAAGAACUUUUGUCUAUGCCAUUAUGUUUUUUUCACCAUCAAGAUCGUUGGGGAAGACCAGUAUUAGUCAUUCAACUAUCUCAUUUUCCAAGGUUCAAAGACAAUACCGAUUUAUUAGCCAGUGUCGUACCAUUGGUCAUUUUUUUGUUGGAAAUUGGGCGGAAACGAUUAUUAGACUUGACUCGACAAAGAAAAGAACAAAAUAUACCGAAUCCCGUCAUUGCUGAUCUCAUUGUUUUGGUAGAUUUCAAAGAUGCCAAUUCUCUUCCAAAGGAUUUUACAUUAGUUCAAACAUUUAUCAAAUUAUUAAAGCGAUAUCCAGGCACAGCUGGUAUGGUCUGUUUAUUGAAUUUUGGAUGGAUGUAUCAAGGUAUGUGGCAAAUGAUCAAGGUCAUUCUUUCUCAAGAAGCAAAAAAUCGUGUGGCUUUCCCAAAAUUAAAAGAAUUGAAAAGUCUCAUUGAUGAAGAUCAUCUUAUCACAGCAUUAGGCGGAAAGGAUGAAUUUGAAUGGAAUUUGGAACAAGAUACCCUUUUAAUUCAAUAUCAAAACAAAUACAAUUUAGAUGAAAAGGAAGAAAUACCCAUCUCUAUGCAAUCAAGUCGACGGAAUUCGUCAAGCUCAUUGUAUUUCGAUUCUAUGGAUAUUUUCUCUACCACAACUACAGGACUAUCAACUCCAACUUCAUCACGACGAUAUCAUCAUCAUUCUCUUGCUCCUUUGACUAAAUUACAUCAUGAAUCUAAUUUACGUCCUAUUUAUUCAAGACGUACUUCCACCAACAGCUCUUAUAGUCUCUAUGCUACACCCACUGGUACGUUGACUCCUAUACCUACCAACACUAUUUCUGCUUCAGCAUCAUUAAUAUCUAAUUCGCAACAACAACAACAACAACAAUACAGUGAUAUUUCAAAAAAGAGUGGAUUUGUGAAAUCAGGUAUUAACAAGUUAUUUGGACAAUAUCAUCAGCAAGGUGGUAUUUCCUCUUGGGCUUUAUCUCAGCGAUUGAUGACCUUACAACAACAACAACAGCAACAAGAACAGCAGGAAGAUCGACAAACUGAAAUCUCCAUUGGCAAAGGACAACAGCGAAAAUCAUGGCUCAGGACACUUCUCAAUUGGAUAUUAUCUUUGGAAAAUAAGAUGGCUUUUUCGUUACUAGAUCAUCGAUACUGGAUUUACGGUCUUGUUCUUCUUUGGUUUUUGCGCAAACUUUUCGUUACUCGAUUUUUAUCACAUCAUCGUCCGUUGUAUUCAUCUACUUUCAAGUCUUUGAUGUUACCAAAACAACAGCAUCCCGUGAUUAAGCUUUUACUGGCUCCUUUUCUCAUGAACGACCGUGAUUCCCAUUGAUUUUUUUUUAUUUGACCUAGAAGACUAUGAUGUAUACUUUUAUUAUAAUAUAUUAUGAUAUAAAAAAAAAUAUGAAAUAAAAUUUUAUUUUCCCCUG